CUGAGUUCAUUUGUGAAAAUUGACUCCAAGACGGGAGAACCUGGACUCCGAACGACCGACCGAUUACCAACUCCCCAAAACCUCAAGUAGCAGCGGCCAUGGAUGAACAUUAGUUGAAAAGGCGCCCCCGAUUUGCCAGAAAGAGAUAGUGUUUGUGCGUUGAAUCCGUUUGACAAAUCGGAGAGCCAUGAGACCUUUUUCAAUCAGGCUAUUAACAAUCUAUUUCUUUAUCCUCACUCUAUGUCUGCUUCAAUUCCAAUCGGAUUCAGCUCCGCAACCAUUUCGUAGAGAUCCAGGCCAUCCUCAGUGGCACCAUGGCGUCUUUCAAGAUGUCAAAGACACUGUUCGAUCCGAUGUCCGUCGGAUGCUUCACUCUCGCGCUGAGGUCCCGUUUCAGGUUCCCCUUGAAGUAAAUAUAAUCCUUAUUGGCUUUUCUGGUGAUGGAGGCUAUAGAUACACUAUUGAUUCCCACAAACUGGAGGAGUUUCUGAGAGUCGCGUACCCAACUCACAGGCCAUCAUGCUUAGAGACAGGCGAGCCUCUAGAUAUUGAACAUCACAUUGUCUACAAUGUCUUCCCUACUGGACAACCAGAACUUAUAGAACUUGAGAAGACGCUAAAACAUGCCAUGGUUCCUUCUGGGAAUGCUAGAGAGGCAGACUUUGGUAGAGAGGUUCCUUUGUUUGAGGUGGAUGCAGCAGCUGUAGAGCCAAUUUUCCAGACACUAUAUUCCUAUAUAUUUGACAUGGAUAGUGGUUUUCCCACCAUAGAGAUGGACAGACCUUCGCCGAUUGCUAUAUUUGUUGUCAACUUUGACAAGGUUAGAAUGGAUCCGAGGAACAAGGACAUUAUUCUAGACAGCGGAAAUAUUACAAAGCUGACUGAUGAUGACAUGAAACAACAGGAGGGAGAUUAUGUGUAUCGCUAUCGUUAUAAUGGCGGGGGAGCAUCUCAGGUGUGGCUGGGCUGUGGAAGGUUUGUUGUGGUUGACCUGUCAGCUGGUCCUUGUACCUAUGGUAAAAUUGAAACUGAGGAAGGAAGCAUCAGUACAAAAACACUUCCUAGGCUGAAGAAUGUGAUGAUGAAUAGAGGUUCACUCGUGACAGAACAUUCUACUCACGCCGUUUUUCUUGGACAGUUGGCUUCUCUAGUGGCAGAAACCGUUGAACAUGUUAUAGCUCCAGAUGUUAGGUUUGAAAUUGUUGAUACAACAACGAGGUUGCUUGUACCUAUCAUUGUCCUUCAAAAUCACAACCGAUAUAAUAUAAUGGAGAAGGGCCAUAAUUACAGCCUAGAUAUUGGAGCUAUUGAAGCAGAGGUGAAGAAAAUGGUUCCCCAUGGUCAAGAAGUAGUCAUAAUUGGUGGUUCGCAUGCUUUACAUCAGCAUGAAAAACUGACAAUAGCUGUCUCUAAGGCCAUGCGAAGCCAUUCUCUACAAGAAACAAAGAAAGAUGGUCGCUUUCAUGUUCACACAAAGACAUACUUGGAUGGUGCUAUCCUCAAAGAGGAAAUGGAACGUUCUGCUGAUAUGCUGGCUGCUGGAUUACUUGAAAUGUCUGAUCCGUCUCUCUCUAGUAGAUUUUUCCUUCGCCAGGAUUGGCCAGAUGAAUCUACUGAUGGAUCAAGUGAUUCAGUACUGAAGCAUAAACCAGUAUGGGCGAGUUACACCCCUACCCGUGGCAAAGAUAAGAAAAAGGAAAAAGCAAAGAAAAAAGGGGACCUGCAUCGUACUUAUGGAACGAGAGUGGUACCUGUCUUUGUUCUUUCACUGGCUGAAGUGGAACCACAGCUUUUGAUGGAAGAUGAAAGUCUUGUCUGGACUAGUAAGGAUGUUGUGAUUGUACUUGAGCAUCAAAACGAAAAUAUACCACUAAGUUAUGUGUCGGAGACAGAGAAACGAGUGGCCAUUCCAUCUCAAGCACAGAGGCAUGUAAUGGCAGGUUUGGCUUCAGUUGUGGGGGGAGUAAGUGCACCAUACGAAAAAGCAUCUCAUGUCCACGAACGACCAGUUGUGAACUGGCUUUGGGCAACGGGCUGCCAUCCAUUUGGACCGUUCUCAAAUGCUUCCAAAGUUAGCGAAAUGCUUCAAGAUGUUGCAUUGAGAAAUGCCAUUUAUGCACGUGUAGAUGCAGCUCUACAUCAAAUUCGUGGGACAUCGGAGGAAGUUCAAUCUUUUGCUGCUGAAUAUCUGAAAACACCUCUUGGUGAACCGGUAAAGGGAAAAAGGAAUAAAACUAGUACUGAAAUGUGGGUAGAGAAAUUCUACAAGAAGACCACCAACCUACCAGAGCCUUACCCCCAUGAACUAGUCGAAAGAUUAGAGAAGUACUUAGACAGCCUGGAAGAGCAACUGGUGGAUCUGUCUUCCCUCUUGUAUGAUCAUCGUCUUCAAAAUGCUCAUUUGAACAGUUCCGAGAUCUUGCAGAGCGCCAUCUUCACAGAACGGUAUGUGGAUCAUGUUUUGGUUAUGGAGAGGGAAAAGAUGAAAUGUUGUAACAUUGAAUUCAAGUUUCCUGUGGAAACCUCGCAGAAUUUGAUUUACGCAGGAAUUCUUCUUGCUGGUUUUGUUGUGUAUUUCCUUGUAAUUUUCUUUUCGUCUCCUGUUCGCUAGUCUAAUGGAACUGGCUAAAGCAGAGACAAGUUUUUGCUCUUGAGAUUGAGCCAAAGAAUAUAUAGAUCUUUUGGUUAGGUUAUUUGAUUUUUAUUAAAGGAAUUUUGAAGUAA